GUGUUUCUCUUUAUUGUUCCAGUGGAAAAGCCCAGUGCACGGUUUCCCCACAUUUGUCUCAAUGGCUACCGCACAGAAACCACGUCCCACCUGAGAGGGAGCGGUUCGACGGAGACUUUCCUAUUGAACAACUCAACCGCAGCGCACUGUGCGGGAUUUACCACCGAUUGGAAAUUAAAAAAAAAAAAAAAGCUCUUUACAGACGGACAAUCUGUGGAUCCUGAAGAAAGACGGGGACGUGAACAGAGGUGCCUGCAGCUCGAGAGCCCCUUACUGUAGCGUCCGUCACCAUGGUCGAACCAGCCGACAGGCCGUCUGCAGCCGGACAGAGGUUGGGCGCCCCUGAAAGCUUUGGGGUGUCCACCCUGGAGCCAGGCCUGCGUGCUCCUGCCCAGCCUCCAGGGAGACAAGUCUCCAUUAGGGUUCAGAUGCUUGAUGACACACAGGAAGUCUUCCAGAUAUCGCAACGUUCCCCUGGUAAAGUGCUGUUUGACCUGGUUUGUGUCCAUCUCAACCUGGCAGAGGGAGACUAUUUUGGACUGGAGUACCAGGACCAGCGCAAGAUGAUGGUGUGGCUGGAUCUGCUGAAGCCAACAUUGAAACAGAUCAGACGCCCUAAAAACACCAUCCUUCGUUUUGUGGUGAAGUUCUUCCCCCCUGACCACACACAGCUCUCAGAGGAGCUGACUCGGUAUCUGUUUGCCCUGCAGAUUAAACACGAUCUGGCCUGUGGUCGUCUUAUCUGUAACGACACCAGCGCCGCUCUCAUGGUCUCUCACAUCAUUCAGUCCGAGAUAGGAGAUUUCGAUGAGACCCAGAGCUGGCAGCAUCUCCUCCACAAUAAGUACCUGCCCGAUCAGGACGCCAUCAGAGACAAGAUCACCGAGUGCCACCGCAAGCACGUCGGACAGACUCCUGCAGUGUCAGACUAUCAGCUGCUGGAAAUCGCUCGGCGGUUGGAGAUGUACGGCGUUCGUCUGCACCCGGCCAAGGACCGAGAGGGUACUAAACUCAGUCUGGCUGUGGCGCACACCGGGGUGCUGGUUUUCCAGGGGUACACAAAAAUUAACGCCUUCAACUGGUCCAAGGUUCGCAAGCUCAGCUUCAAACGCAAAAGGUUCCUAAUCAAGUUGAGAGCAGACCCCACUCAGAAUGCCCACCACGACACGCUGGAAUUUGCCAUGGCCAGCAGGGAUUGCUGUAAGAUCUUCUGGAAGAUCUGCGUGGAGUAUCACGCCUUCUUCAGGCUCUUCGAGGAGCCCAAGCCCAAACCCAAGCCCAUCCUCUUCACCAGAGGAUCCUCAUUCCGGUUCAGUGGUCGAACCCAGAAGCAGAUCAUCGAUUAUGUGAAAGACUCGGAGCUCAAGAAAGUCCCAUUUGAAAGGAAGCACAGUAAGAUUCUGUCCAACAGCGGCAUGUCCCCUCAGUCGUCUUCCUUCAGAGUGCCAAAAGAGAGUGCCAUGUCUGUACAGUUAGCAGACCAGCCUGACGCAGCCAGACUGGCCCAUCAAGCUGAAUCUAAUGGUUCGGAGGAGCCACAAGCUGCCGCAUCUUCCACCAACGGCUUCCGCGAUGUACCGGCAGCGCCCGGCUCAGACCCGAUCCAGUCCCGACAGAACCACCACAGCACCGGAUCAGCGCCGGACCCGCAGUUCCUCAACCCAGAAAGUCCCGGUUCAGAGGACUCUCCGUUGGGAAGUCCCCAUGUGGUCGUUAAUGGCAACGGCUCGGUAAACGGACAGGGGAUGGGCAGCACUGGUAUCCUGGGUACAGGUCAUAGUCCUGAGGGACGGCACCUAUCUCCUCUCACCAGCCCGCUGCUCACUGACGCCGGGUGUGUCCGCAACGAUGAUGAAGAGGAGGCGAGGAGGAAGAAGUUUCCCACAGACAAGGCCUACUUCAUAGCCAAGGAACUUUUGACCACAGAGCGGACCUACCUCAAAGACCUGCAGGUCAUCACAGAGUCCUUUCAGGGUGUUGCAGGGAAAGAUGAGGCCUUCCCAGACUUUGUUAAGAACCUGAUCUCCGCCAGCUACGAUCCGGUCUACAAGUUCCACCAGGGAUUCCUCAGAGAGGUGGAGCAGCGGCUGGCACAGUGGGAGGGUCGUUCUAACGCCCACAUUAAAGGAGAUUAUCAACGAAUUGGUGACAUUCUCCUGAAGAACAUUCAGGGUCUGAGGCAGUUGACCAUUCAUCUUCAGAAACAUUCAGAGUGCCUGGUUGAACUGGAGCGGGCCUGCAGGUCCAGUCGGAAGGCGGAGGCUCUGUGUCGAGACUUUGAGCAACAGAGAGUUUGCUACCUGCCCUUCAACAUCUUCCUCCUCAGGCCUCUCCACCGCCUGCUGCACUACAAACUCAUCCUGGAGAGGCUCUGCAAGCACUACCCGCCCACACACGACGACUUCAGGGACUGCAGGGCGGCCCUGGCAGACAUCUCCGAGAUGGUGCUGCAGCUUCAAGGCACCAUGAUGAAGAUGGAAAACUUCCAGAAGCUUUUAGAGCUGAAGAAAGAUCUGACCGGCAUCGACAACCUCGCCUUCCCCGGGAGGGAAUUUAUCAGGCUUGGUUGCCUCAGCAAGCUCUCAGGGAAGGGUCUUCAGCAGAGGAUGUUCUUCCUGUUCAGUGAUUGCUUGGUGUACACCAGUCGAGGAAUGACCCCUUCCAACCAGUUUAAGGUUCACGGCCAGCUGCCCCUGUAUGGCAUGACGAUCAGAGAGAGUGAGGAGGAGUGGGGAGUCCCUCAUUCGUUCACCUUGUUUGGACAGCGGCAGUCUGUGGUGGUGGCAGCCAGCUGUGCGUCAGAGAUGGAGCGGUGGGUUGAGGACAUCCGGAUGGCCAUUGACCUGGCGGAGCAGAGCAGCAGCCCAAGCACUGACCUGCUGUCCACCAGCCUCUCUGACAACAAGCUGUCGGAGGACGGUGGAGCUGAGCUGGAGUCGGAGGAGGAGCUCUGCGGCUCGCGCUCGUCUCUGGAGCGCCAGGGUCACCGUGGUAACACUACUGUGCACGUCUGCUGGCAUCGCAACACCAGCGUGUCCAUGGUGGACUUUAGUGUUGCUGUGGAGAACCAGCUGUCAGGUAAUCUGCUGAGGAAGUUUAAGAACAGUAACGGCUGGCAGAAACUCUGGGUGGUCUUCACCAACUUCAGCCUCUUCUUCUACAAGUCGCACCAGGACGACUACCCUCUGGCCAGCCUCCCUCUGCUGGGCUACUCUGUCACCGUCCCGUCUGAGUCGGAGAACAUCCACAAAGACUACGUGUUCAAACUCCACUUUAAAUCCCACGUCUACUACUUCAGAUCAGAAAGCGAGUACACCUUUGAGAGGUGGAUGGAGGUGAUCCGCAGCGCCACCUGCUCUGCCAGCCGCUCGCUGCCAAGCACCAGGAAAGACCUUUACUGAUGAAUCUACCUUCCCCCCCCCAACCUGUCCAAUAAACUCUGGCCUGGUUGAAGAACUGAACUUCAGGCUGCACAAACACCAGAAAAGACUCUUAUUAUAGAACCACACAGCAGGCGCUCGAAUCCACACUAAAUAAUACCUCUGAAUAGUUGAUUCACACACACACACACACACACACACACACACACACACACACACACACACACACCGCCCGUCGCUCAGAGGUCCUCCCACUUCACCUCCACCUCCACCCUCGUUACACACUUUCUGCACCACUAGUGUCCGAUUAGAGGCAAACAUGGCGGUCGCCCACGAUGUAAUUCAUAAUUUAAUUCUUUUUAAAUGCCAAACUGGUCGCACAAAGUCUUUGCCGGCGAUCUUUUCCUUUAUUGUUGACUUUGAGUGUUGUUCACAUGCACACAUAUAGAUUUAAUAUUCACCCCCAACGAUGUAUCCUGUUUACAGUACGGAGGAUUUUAUUGUUACGAUGAACCUGAAUGAAAUACAUGGGAUUCACCAGAAGUAUUUGGGACACUGAACCACGAGGUGGUGCACCAUAUUGUAUUACUUUUUUAUACGUGUCCUUGUUAAAUAUUCCUGUAUUCCGACACAUUUGUGAUGAGAAUUAAAAAAAAUGUAUAUAAAAUACUUGAUAAAGAGCUAAACCUGGAAUUUUUAACUCCAUAUGGAAACCUGUGUGCAUGUGAACACGCUCAUGGUGAUGAGAGUAUUUUGUCUGACAAUCUUUAUAUAAAUAGAUGAAUUUAAAUGUGAGUCUGGACACAGUUAGAAAACAUUCAUCUUUUCCUUUUUUGUAACUUUUUUUGUACAGUACUUUGAUACACUGUGAAAUGUUCUUUCUUUUUUUUCAUGUUUUUCUGUACGUUUUUUUGCUUUUGUUCAAAAAAGGACAAAUGACUUCCAGACUGCUUCCAACGCCGACAGAGAUUUCACUGGUUUGUUUGCCAAAUAUCCUCUCUUCUGUACUCCUCCAGUUCUCUGGAUUUUACUAUUCUAAAUAAAGAUGAGAAAAGAA